GCCUCACCGCUUUUUCCUAUUAUGCCAUGGCCAUGCCUGUUUCGGCGUGUCCUAUAUGUUGUCCCAUGCAAGGCCGUUGUACUACUGCACAUGUACGACCGGAGGCACACAGCGGAUUCUACAGCUGCCACGUAGAACCACAAACAACUUCAGGAGCUGGAGUAAACGCCGGCUCUGACUCGGAUGCUGCCGCGAAGAUCGCUGUCAAUAAAGUGGAGAUCUCAUGCCGCCAGUUCCCUCUUCCCAUAAUCGCGACUUUCACCCCUAAAGCAUACUACCCUUCUUUCUGCCCCUUCUCCUUCCGGCUCUCCAACUCCACCGGCGCCAUCGUCGCCUCCAGUUCCUGCGGGGUUGACUGCUUUCUGUCACUCGCUUCGGGCCAACCCACCAUCUCCGUCAAUCCUGUGUGCGGUUCUGCGUCUACCUCAACCGGUGGUCCUUCCUUCUCCUGCACAUGGCGUCGUUGUCGUAAAAAGACCAAGGCGAGAAGGCCGAGGGCUAUUACGCCUACAGGCACGCUCACUCCGGCGGCGAUGGCAACGGUGCGGCUCGAGGAGUUUUUAGACCCUUCGGAAGAGUUUGACGUAGCGGUAGCACGAGCUGUGCUCGGGAAGGGCGUUGACGCCGGACGUGCGGUCGAAAAGAGGGAAGAUGGUGCUGUUAUAGCUGCGGCUGAUGAGAUAGUCGAUGAGCCUGAGUUAAUCAGUACGCGUUAUGGCAGAGCUCUGGAAGCAGAAGCACCCGUAGGAUGUCCUCUGACCCCCGUCGCCGCAGCCGGAACUCAUGUCGCGCACUAUCGUACGGACCUCCGCUUCAGCGCAUGACGAGAGGAGGGAGUAUUCCGGCACUUGGUUGAUGUAGAUCUUGGUGGGGCCUGAAGCCAAGUACGGAGGUAAAAGAAAGUAUAUGGACAGUAGCAGUGGCCAUGAAAUGCUCGGAUAAAACAUAUUGACAUCUAUAGCGAGAGAGUGUCUAGUGGGGAGAAGUUGGCAUCAAGUCAGACCUUGGGGGUGGAAGGAUCAAUAGAGUCUUAAAAUGCCUUUCACAUGGCUGGCUGAUACUAACAUC